UCUCCCCUCUCCCUCUAUUAAUAACACCCAUAGCCCACUUCUUUCUACCAUGCACUUGUCCUCUUCAAUUCAACUUCAACCCACUCCUUUCUCACACUCACCUCUCAAUUCUCAUUUCAUCCCCAAAUUUAAUUUUAUUAUCAUAUCAACAUUACACAAAAUAAAAUUUAAAAAACAUAUAACCACUUUUAUUUAUUUCUGUCUUAAUAAAUACUUCAAUAUCCUCCCUCCAUACUCAUUUCACAUAACUUCUCUUCAUUUUGUUCUCUCUUUUCUUCUCUUCCUUCUCUGACAAACAAACCAAUUAUCUUUCACUUUAUUUAUUUUUCUUCAAUUACAAACUAUAAGCUUAGUACUAUAUAUUUCUGACACAUAUUUACUAUACAUUACAACUAUCUAGCUCCUUAAUUACAACAAUGUCUAGCAGAAGAUCUCGUUCUAGACAAUCUGGUGGUUCAUCUGAAAUCACUGAUGCUCAAAUAACUGAUCUCAUCUCCAAGUUACAACAACUCAUCCCCGAACUUCGCGCUAGCCGCUCCAAUAAGGUUUCAGCUACUAAGGUAUUGCAAGAGACUUGCAACUACAUAAAAAACUUGCAUAGAGAGGUUGAUGAUUUAAGUGACCGAUUGUCACAACUUUUGGCUACUACAGAUUCCAACAGUGCUCAAGCAGCUAUUAUUAGGAGCUUACUUAUGUAAUGUAAUAGUGUCUAGUUAUAUAUAUUAUAUAACUAUACUACUACUACUAUUGCAUUUGUUUGUCGUGUGCAUGUUUUUUGUCUCAUCACUUUAUUGUUAUUUAUCUUGUGUAGGGUUUAAUUUGGUUUGUAGACCAAGGCAAAAGGGCUUACUAUAUACCUAUGUUAGUCCUUGAUAAUUAAUUAGUUUAAUUUUAUGUAACACUUAAUUUGUAGUGAGAUUAUGUUAUGAUAUGAUGAUCAUCAGCUUCGAUCUAUAUCUAUAAAUAAAAUGGACCACAUUAUAAUGAGAGUUCUAAUAAUGAA